AUGUCGGCGGCUGCUGUUCAAGAAUCAGUUUAUGGCAAGAUUCUUCCCAUUGAAAUGAAGAAAAAAAAUAUUGCUCCAACUCUUCCACUCAACAAGGCAGAAAAGCCACGCACGAAAAGUCAUAAGUUGGUCGCGCCCAGUAACACAUGUUUCAAGAAUGAAAAUUUAAGUGAAAUAAAAAGUGGGAUUCUUGAAACAUCAUCGUCUUCAUCUUCAGACGAUCAAAAGCAGAACAGCAACAACUCGAAGUCAUUUUGGAACUUCAAGCGUAGUCGUAGUUUGAAUUGUGGAACUAGUAGUAGCAGUAGUAGUACUAGUUAUGCUAGGACUUUAUGUCCUUUGCCACUUUUAUCUCGAAGUAAUUCAACUCCAAGUGUUAAGCACAAACAGCAUUCCCAGAAAUCAUCAUCCUCUAUAUCUACAGGUCAGUAUCAAAAACCUCCAUUGAGGAAGAUUCCAAGUAAUACAUACAACAAUGGGAUUAAAAUCAACUCAGUAUUAAAUGUCCCUCCACCAAGUUUUUUUGGUUUGAGCUCUAUCUUUUCCACAGGCAAGGAAAAGUACAAGAAGAGGUGA